CUACACAAAAGAAGCAAGCGGAGUCAAACUCACUAGGGGACAGUUCAAACCUUUAAACUAAUAUUCAUGUGCAAUUAUAGACUCCACAUUAUACACAAACUCGCAAUAAGGCUGAUAGCUGUCUAGCACCAGGAAUGAACAACUCUGUUUAUCUUAAUAAAGUUAUACACACCGUUGGCGUCACUUCCGGUAUUUUCUGCACACUUCCGUCCUCUCUCGCUCGUCGUACGGCUCUUUGCCUCUUACUUCCGGUUUAGAAUCCGGAGUGGGGGAACGUCGAGUUUGAGGUGCAAGAGGUGUUUGAUCUUGCUUGUAUCCUCGACAAUCCCCAACCAUGGAUUUCCAACACAGAGCCGGAGGAAAGACCGGCAGCGGAGGGGUGGCUUCUGCAUCUGAAAGUAACAGAGACAGAAGGGAGCGACUCAGACAACUUGCUUUGGAAACUAUUGACAUUAAUAAGGAUCCAUACUUUAUGAAAAACCACCUUGGCUCUUACGAAUGCAAGCUUUGCCUCACCCUACAUAAUAAUGAGGGGAGUUAUCUGGCUCAUACACAAGGAAAAAAGCAUCAGACAAAUUUAGCUCGCCGAGCGGCCAAAGAAGCAAAGGAAGCACCAGCACAACCUGCCCCAGAAAAAGUAAAGGUAGAAGUGAAGAAAUUUGUCAAAAUUGGUCGACCUGGAUACAAGGUGACUAAGCAGAGAGAUCCAGAAAUGGCCCAGCAGUCUUUGUUGUUUCAGAUUGACUAUCCUGAGAUAGCUGAAGGUAUCAUGCCCCGACACCGCUUUAUGUCUGCAUACGAACAGAGGAUUGAGCCCCCAGACAGACGAUGGCAGUACCUGCUGAUGGCUGCAGAGCCCUAUGAAACUAUUGCUUUUAAGGUCCCAAGUCGAGAAAUAGACAAAGUGGAGGGAAAGUUUUGGACACAUUGGAACAGAGAGACAAAACAGUUUUUCCUACAGUUCCACUUUAAGAUGGAGAAGCCUCCACAAGCACCCACUUUGCCUCCAGCACCACCUGGUGUUAAAAGACCUGUUCCUCCAGCCAUCAAUGGGAUACAAGCACGUCCUCCAAUGCCUGAGAAUAUGCCGCCUCCUCCUCCAGGAGGACUGCCUAUGCCCCCAAUGCCACCUGGGACACCUGCACCUCCUGUACCGCCACCACAGCUUCCACCUGCCCCAGUUGUUCCUCCUCCUGGGGUGCACCCUCCUGUGCCCCCACCUUCUCUUCCUCCUCCUGGCGUACCACCACCUGGUGUACCACCACCUCCUAAUCCUGCUGUGCCUCCACCUGGUGUUCCACCUCCAGGCAUUCCUCCUCCAGGCAUUCCUCCUCCUGGUGUACCCCCACCACCUGCCCCAGGAGUGCCUCCGCCCCCUGCACCUGGUGUGCCACUCCCUCCAACGCCAGGGGUUCCACCUCCUCCUGCCCCAGGGGUACCUCCUCCACCAGCGCCAGGUGUACCACCUCCAGCACCUGGUGUUCUCCCACCUGGCCCUAUGCCUCCAAUGAUGAGGCCACCUUUACCUAGCGAUGGACCAACAAAUAUUCCUCCACCCCCUCCCACCAACUGAUGUAUUUCUUUUUCAAAGAUAAGCAUAUUUUUCCCAGUUUUUUUUAUUUGUGGUAUGUUUUAAAUCAUUAAAAAAAAAUCCCACCUUUGAAAUAAUA